UAUAGAGCUGCUUAUGUAUAUGUGUGACAUAUGUUGACUGAUAGUUAGGGUUAACAUUUUAUGUAAUUUAGUGGGUUUAAAAAUGACAUAGGUGGUUCAUUACAAAAUUUAAGAACAUAUUUCGCCAUGGAGUGACCAUGACGCAUCCCAGUUUUGUCUCAAACGGGGCGAGUCUUGAGGACAGUCAUACAAAUUUCUUUGCACUGACUGACUUGUGUGGGAUAAAAUGGCGACGCUUGUUUGCUGAUGGAGUACUGUGUCUUGAUUCAGAACCUUUGGAGGACCCAGUACUUUCAUCCUACAGUAAAUGUUUAGCUGCAGGUCUUCUGUGUGUUUGGAGAAAAGUACCCUCAAAGUCUGGACAUUCUGAACCUCAUAGGCCAAGAGAUAAUAACCAGCAUAAUUUUAGUAAAGAACUGUGGAUUUUUUGGUAUGGAGAAGAACCAGACUUAUCGAACUUGGUUUCUGGAUUAACAGAAGGAGACCCAGGAUCCUUAGAGAAUGGACUGUCUUAUGAAUGUAGAACCUUACUUUUUAAGGCAUUUCACAACUUAAUCGAAAGAUGUCUUCUUUCUCGAGGCUUUACCCGAUUAGGAAAAUGGUUCAUUCAGCCACUAGAUGAUCGAGACAGAUUGAGUCACAGUUGGCAGUUUUCGUUUGCUUUCAAUUUUUUCGUCCAUGGGGAGAGCACAGUAUGCACAAGCGUUGAUGUCAGGCAUCCUCCAGCUGUUUAUCGUCUUGCCAAGCAACAUCUACAAGCCGUUCAGACCCACCAGUCAGAGGUUACAGUCAUUCUUAGUCCAUAUGGGUUAGCAGGAACCUUGACAGGACAGACGUACAAGGAAAAUGAUCCUGAAACGCAGCAGCUGUUAGUCGAGUGGCAACAGUUUUAUCCACUGGGUUACACAGAAUCAUAUAGUGAUGAUGACUUGCCUUGUUUAGUGGAAGUCAAAGUUGCUGGGGUGAAAAUGAAGUAUCCGUCCUGUUACGUAUUUAUCACUGAGAGUGAUGAAGCAGUGAUGACAAACUUUUCUCAAGGAGGAGCUCCAGCUGCCAGUACUCACACCCCAUCACAGCCUUUUCAGAAAUCCAAUGGCCUCAUGGAUAUCUUGACUCCGCCCACUUCACCUUGUGACACGUCUUGUUUAGCCAGUACUUUACAAAUGACCCCUAAUUGUGGUGUUCCUGUGUCUGGUUGCGUCACCCAUAUACCGAGCCACCAACUUCCUUUCUUUCCCGAAGAGGCUUGUACCAUCACUACACAUCGACUUAAGUCUGGUGCUUGGCAGGACAAUAUCAUGCAUCAUCACCCUCCAGUCCAAGAAAACUCAGAACCUGAAGAUUCUUGUCUUAUGGGACAAUGGAAUUUUAAUGAACCAUGUUCUCAAAUUGGAUGUUUCUGCUUUCGGUGUAAAACUAAAAUGAAAUCAUCAAGUGGAAAACCUGGAUUGUGUUCAGGUGUAACGAAUUCUGUCUGUGCAAAUUCAAUAAACUCAAGUGUAAACAACUGUAUGGCUUCCAAUCCUACGUCUGUAUCACGCAGGGGAGACAAAGAGAAAGGACAACAACGAUCCAGGGGUAUUGUACCGUACCAUAAAAGGAAUACCCUGUCAGAUCACACAGUUAUUGAAAGUUUAGACAGUCCAGCUACAGUGGUAUCUUCUGAGUUUUCAGGAAUGAACUCCAACUGUAUGUUUGUUACAAAAAACACAGGUGUCAUUGGAGAAGUCCCCACUACCUUACCUCAGUUACAAACAUCACUAGGACAACUUGUGGCUAUAGAGUCAUCGCAUCCAGGAACUUCCUUAUAUCAUGAAGGUAUCACUUCACAAUCCUCUUCUUCAGACCCAGCUAUGCCUACGCUCUCUCCUCAUCCACCUGUUGUUAAAGAUGACCCAGAGACCAAACAGCAAAACCAUUACCCUCAGAGUCCUGCAGUUGUCACAGCUAUAAGUUUAGGAAACACUCCAAAAGAAAAAUAUGCAAUGGACCAGGUACUUCAGUCACCCUACCACAAUCCAUUAGUCCAGUUUGAUAAUCACAGAGUUUCUGAAGCAUUACCUACUACAUCUUAUUGUAAUUUGUCCGCCGAUGAUCAAAAAUCAAGUCAGUCUGCAUUAUUAAUCUUUCCACCUCAUGUGUCCCCUCAUCCAAAAGUAUCUGCUCAAGUCAUCAAGAGGCCUGUAUUAUCCAUCCACGAGGAAGAGGAUAUGGAAGAGGUUGAGUUUCAAAGAAGGAAGUGUUUGUAUGAUUUCUCAAGUCUUCACAAUACAACCUGGGAACCUGAUGAGAAGAAGCGAAAACAGUUCAUUUGUAGCCUAGGUUCUGAAGAAGAUGGUGUCUCAGGAGACAGUUUUCAACAGUGUCUCAAAGGUCAACCAAAAGAGUCGGCUCCCCAGACCUCAAAACCUAAAGAUCCGUAUGAGUUUAGUGAUGAAUUUGAAGAACAGCCGAGUCCGUCCUCAGGUGGAUCUAGUUUCAGAAGCCGUGUUGAUUUAUUUAUUAAGGAGGAAGAAAAGCCAAAAGAACCAGAACUCAUUCAUCCUCCUCCUGUGCCCCUUUCAGGAGAUUCUAGUAAACCAAGUGUUAUAAGUGAAUUUUCAUCUGUUACAUCCCCACCCACUCCACGCCUUCAGAGUACUAGUUUUACCAGGGAAGAAGACCUCCAAGUUACUGAGCAUGAUUUGGAAAACAUUUUUGAAAUGUCAUCCUCAGAAGACAGUAAUGAUGAAUUGUUUCAGCAUCCAGCUACUCCAAACUCUGUAAAAAUGAUGAAUCACUAUGAGGAACAACCUGUUGCAAAAUGUAACAAGGAUAAUACAUUGUCAGUACUUGGGUCAGCAGACCUGAUUAGGAUGUUCCCUACACCCCCAUCUUUGGAACAUCACGUGACUCCUUCCCCUUCUGGGCCUGUGGGGAUUGUUGAUGGCACACUAAUGGAUGGAAAUGACUCAUCAACACUUAGGGACAGAAUAGAUGUUUGCCCUAACUAUGAAAGUUCAGGAAUGUUUGAGUCAAUUAGAGAUUGGUCAUAUGUGUACAAGCCUGUGGUACAGUACAAAAUGUUGGGCUCUAUGAAAUACUCCACAGUAAACAACCUCCCAAGCUCCACACUACCCCCUCUCAACUUGCCUCCAGAAAUGUUGUACAAACCUUCUUUUGUUAUGCAUUUAAAUUCACACACUGGAAUAAUGCACAGAACAUGUGAAACUGUUUCAGAUAAACAUAUUUCUAGCUAUCAUCAAUCAUUGCUUCCACCUUCUGAACCCUUCAUGGUACUUUCUGAACAAAGGUCAUUUCCAUUGAGUUACGAACUACAGUCACCUGCUUCUAAUUCGUCAUCAUACUUAAACAAACAUCUAGGCUCAAUCGAUAAUAGCACUUCUGCAAUGCCUGAAGCAAACAGUUUAGUUGUAAAUCUUGCUCUCUCUGAUUCAAUGCUUAACUUUUAUAAAGACCACAAUUUCUCUAGUUGUACUGUAUGCGUGUGUAAUAUGAACAUUAAGGGCACAGACAUGGGCCUUUACCUCUUUGACUCAAUGGUACCUCAGAAAAAUGAUGAACCCCAGUAUAAGUGUACUUGUGGUUUUAGUGCCGUAAUAAAUAGACAUUUGGGUUACAAUUCUGGACUUUUUUAUGAAGACGAGGUAGAAAUAACAGGUUAUCAAAAAGAACCCAUUAAUCGACAUCACCAACGACUGAAAACAGCAGUAAAACAAGCGGAGAUCGUUGGAGGUAGCAGUAUAAGUCCAGAGCAGUUGCUCGAGAAGGUGCCUCAAGAUGUUUUAGACCUUGUACAAUCCCAGUGCUCUGUUCUUCAGCCUUCCUCCUCAUGGCUAUUUACUGCUCGGCAGUUCGGCAUGGAAAGUCAAACAGCCAUGUGCAAUACACUCCAGAUACUUGAUGGCUGUGCAGUGUGUUUACUAGCCUUAGAAGCAGGUCAUCAUGCUAUGGACAGUGAGAACACAGCUAGGAUAGAAAACAAGUUUGACUGUCUUCACAGGUGGCCUUAUGUACCAGCCAAGCUUCCUGCCAGUAAUUAUGAUAUAGUGAGGUUAUUUAAAAUGAUUCAGCCACUGUUACAAGAUGCAGUACAAAAAAAGACUAUGCAAGGGAUGUGGGAAGUGACCUAUACUGUAUCAGGCCCUUUAACAUGGAGGCAGUUUCACCGCUUAGCAGGGAGAGUUGGUGCUAGCACAGAAGAUCAGUGUGAACCUCAGCCAAUUCCAUCACUGUUAGUUGGUUAUGAUAAAGACUGGUUGGCUGUUUCUCCUUUUGCACUGAAACUAUGGGACAAACUGUUGCUUGAACCAUACUCCUUACCUCGAGAUAUUGCCUACGUUGUUGUUGCUCCGGACAGCGACUUCAUCUUGAAUCGAGUGCGAUUUUUCUUCAAAGAACUGAGCAGCAUGUACGAGUUAUGUCGCUUGGGUCGUCAUUCUCCCAUUACCAAAGUGUUAAGAGAUGGAAUCAUGCGCGUGGGGAAGUCUGCAGCAAGAAAAUUGGCCGAUGAACCUGUAGACGAGUGGUUUAAUUUAAUUGGGAAUGGACCAGUAGCUUCAAAAUUGAAGCUUUAUGCUCAAGUUUGUCGGCACCAUCUUGCUCCAUAUCUCGCUACUCAGUUUCUGGACAAGGCCACAUUUUCCAGAUCUUCAUCAGUCAAUUCCAAAUCUCAGUCAGAAACAUCUCCAUUGUCAUCAUCAUACGUAGAUAGCCACCAGGAGAAGGAGCACUCUUCCAGAUCUCAAGAUUCUGAUAGCCAGCAAGAAAUCUCUGGGUUUGAACCAUUGGAACAAGAGAAUGGCCAACAGCAUCCAGCACUAGUAGUAUACUUAAUAGAGCCAUUCACGUUUGGAAAUCCAGACAGCUACUUGUAUCGCCUGUCGAGCCUUGGACUUUUACUGUGUUAUAGACACAUGUUACAUUACCUGCCCGAGUCCAUUUGUAACAGUAUCCAAGUACAGAUCGUUCGAUUAGACUCCAUCCUCUCCAUGGGCAAACCUGAAAAUUUCAGCCAACACCAGUAUGAACUGAAAGCAUUAGCAUUUUCUGUAUACUCCCAGUGUCGUCGAUUGCUUAGUCAUCCACCAGGUGUCAAGUCCUUGACAGGUUUUGGACCUGCUGCUGCUCAGGAACAAUUCCAGAAACAGCGAAAGGAGAAAAUUUCUCUUCCAAGAAAACUUUUCUCUCCUCCCUUCAUUUUGGCCUCCAUGAAAGACAAACAAACGGAGCUUGGCGAGAUGUUUGGAGACAGACGAGAAAAGUCCUCCAUUCUGUACUGCUGCUACUGCCCCACAGAGGACCAUCGUUGGUUGUUAGGAUGCAUCACAACUGAUAAAGGAGAUUUGUUAGAGAAUUGUUGUAUCAACAUUAAUAUUCCAGACAGGCCUCAUCGAAAGAAGGCUUCGUCAAGAAGAACUGGUCUUCACAAGUUAUUAGAUUUUAUUCUUGGUGUAAUGUCAAACUCUUGUGAACAGUGGCGGUUGGUAGUGGGAAGGCUGGGCCGUCUAGGGCACGGAGAACUGAAAGACUGGGCCACCUUACUAAGCAGAAAGUAUUUACUUCGCUACAGUCGACAGUUGAGAGAGUUAUGUAGCCAGUGUGCUGUACUCAAUCCCCUUGACGCUUCCAGCAUUCUAUCUGCAUGUUUGGUAUCGCUGGAACCUGAUUCAUCCCUCAGAAUAAUGCCAGAUCAGUAUACCCCAGACAACCGCUUUGGAAGUAGCAGUCGUGGUUGUGAACUUAGCACCCCAGAAGAUGCAUCCUGUACUCAGAUCUUAGUGUAUCCAACAUCUGCCACCACACAGUCCUCCCAGGCUACCUUCCAUCAAGAACAUAUAGACUCCCUGGGGCCAUCAUUUGGAGAUGAUGAUUUCUUCCAAGCACUGGAGAUUCCAGAAGAACAAGUCAUCACUGAUCUAAUUACAUGGACAGAAAGUCCAACACAUAGUCCAGUAGGUUCUCCCCGUCGGGACUUGGGCAGUCCAGGAGGUGGGGUAGGCAGACAUUCCCCAUUACAUCAUAAUGGACCUAUUAAGAACUCAAGUAGAGUAACAGGUGAGCACCAGGAGGAGCCACUGCAGCUUCUACAGCAGCCUCUGGCUCUAGGAUACUAUGUGUCCACAGCCAAGACAGGCCCAUUGCCCGGGUGGUUUUGGUCUCCCUGUCCUCACUUAAAGGAUGCUUGCCCAGUUUUUUUAAAGUCUGCCCUCCACAUUCACUCAACAUCUGUCCAGCAGAGCUCAGAUGAGCUUCUCCACAACACUCAACAUGUUCGAAAUUGUCAUCCGUUAGACUCUAACUUGACUACCGAUGUGCUUAGAUAUGUCCUGGAAGGUUACAAUGCUCUGUCAUGGUUGUCUCUGGACCCCGUGACCCACGAUCGUCAGUCCUGCCUACCCAUUCACAUUCAAGUCCUGAUGCAGCAGUAUCAUGCUGCUGAAGCCAUAUUAUGAUUGCCUUGUAAACAUAUCUGAAGAAAAGCACUGCCAUCAUCCUAGCUCUGGUUUAGAGAGUAGUUUGUUCAAAAACCCUUGUGCAACAAUACUGUGUUUCCCAAUGUUGAAGUUUGUCUGUUAAUAAGAUGCAUUUCAGAUAUUAGAAUUAUUGUAAUUACUUACUUGUUGUCUCUGAAGAUAAUUGCUACUAUUUAUUUUGUAUAUAAGAUAUUUGUAUGUGACGGGCUGUUUGGAUACUCAGCUUAUUAUCUCGUACCAUCAGCACUGUGCACGUACUGAAUCAAGGACUGUUAAGAUUAUUACUGAAGAUAGAUUAAAAAAAUAUUAUUACUUUUUCAUGUUCAUUUGUACAGAGAGUACAUUAUAUCUGAAACAAAAUGAUACUACAAAUCAAGUUUAAAAGUUACCAGUGAAAUGUGUACAACUUUUAUUACAUUAAAGUCUUUAUUAAAUGCUG